CAGUAUUACAGUUAAAUGUCCAGUCUGCAAUCAAUUUAAACACGAAGAAGAAAAUGGCUGAACUGGAUAUCGGCAAGCAUUGCAAAAUUAAGGAUUGUAACCGUCAAGACUUUUUGCCCUUUACUUGUGAUGCCUGCUCUGGUGUCUUCUGCUUGGAACACAGAAGUCGUGAAUCGCACUCAUGUCCUCAGGAGCAGGAGCAGGUGCAGCGGGAGCCGAUUGUUUCGGGAGUCUGCACUUCCCACCCAUGUACAUUUCAGGAAUGUAAAGGCAAGGAGCUGCUGCCAGUCAUCUGCCGCUGUUGUGAGAAGCACUUCUGUCUUGCACAUAGACAUCCAGAUGAUCACAAGUGUGAAAAACUUGAGACACCCAAACCACGAAUGGCAGCCACAAAAGAGCUGGUCCAAAAGAUUGUUGAGUCAAAGAAGAGUACACCACUCAGUGGACGUCGUAAAGGAGCGAAGAACAGUGCGACAGCAGCAAAGGUUGCACUCAUGAAAUUAAAGAUGUGUGCAUGCGGAGAUAAAGCAAUUCCACAGGUGGAGAGAGCCUAUUUCAAUGUGUUCUUGCCUAAAGAGUCCAAAGACUGCUCUCUGCCCCUGUUCUUCUGCACUAAAUGGACUUUAGGGAAAGUGAUCGACUCGGUUGCUUCGCAAGCUGGUCUGAAGAACAACAACAACAUACUCACAGCCAAGAAGCUGAGGCUGUGCCAUCCUGAGACUGGUGAAGUCAUGAAGAUGGACGUCCCUCUGCUCUCUCUUCUUGAUCACCCAGAGCUGCCGCUCCACAACGGGGGCAAUAUUAUCUUGGAGUAUCUAGACAAUGGGGACACUGGGCUGGAUGAUGUCAGAGCAUACAUUGCAGUACCUUAAUCUUGGUUCAGAUCUCCAGCAGCACUUCUGGCGUCAUAGAGUUGGAAGUUGUCACGUUGAAUUGAUCUACUCUGAAAAUCUCUGCUUUUUUGUUUUGAAUGUUUGAUUUAUGAAUUACUGUUAUUAUUAUAUAUUGUAAUUGUUGUUUUACAGGUUUGAAGCACACAGUAAAUAUAUGUUUGCUUUGAGCAAAGCACACUGUUCUUUAAUUCCCAUGGUAAUGGGCUUAUUGUCAGUAAAAGUGUUUUGGAUCAAA